GUUUUAAAACCCUAACCAUUUUAUUGGAAGCAAUAAAAAAAUGGCUAAAAUUUAAAACGUGUGUCUCAUUUCUUUCAGAAAAACUACCCAUCAACAUCAAAUAUAAGAACUCGUGUGAAAAUUUAAUUUUUCUGUUUGUCAUAUGCUCUAUAUUCUUCUUAGACUCAUAUUCUAUUGAAACUCCUUCCUUCUUCUAUAAAUACCCAUAACUUUCUCUACCUUUUCCUCAUCUAACUUGUUGUGGAUUCUUCGGUUUCAUAAUAUAUAACUUAAAAAUGGCAAAAAGAUCAGUUGCCGCCUAUGCAAUCCUUCUCCUCCUCUUCGUUCUUGCCAUUUCAGAAAUCGGUACAGUGAAAGGAAAAUUAUGUGAAAAGGUGAGCCAGACUUGGUCUGGAAAGUGUAAUUCCAAGAAGUGUGACAAAAAGUGCAUUGAAUGGGAGAAGGCCAUCCAUGGAGCUUGUCACAAGCGUGAAGGGAAAGGCGGCUGCUUCUGCUACUUUGACUGUGCCAAGAAACCUCCAAAAGAUGCAAAACCAGUUCCUCCUGAUGCCGUACCACCGCCUCCAAAAGAUGGUUCCCCUCCAAAAGAUUCGCCUCCUGCUGAUGGCGGCGGUUCCCCUCCUCCGGCUGAUGGCGGCGGCUCCCCUCCUCCGGCUGAUGGCGGUGGUGCCCCUCCUGCUCCUUCCCGACAUUAAAAGCCUGCUCGUGGUAUAAGGAAAAGGAUAGCAAACCUUAUAUGAUAAAAAUAAAGGAUAAAAUGCCUCCUAAUUAACAAAUUUAGUAUUUUCGAAGGUAUAAUAUGUGUCGCAUGAUUAAUUAAUAACUUAAUAUUCAAGGCAUUAGUAUUUUGUCAAUAUAAGAAAUCUACUUUUUUAAUCAUGUCCAAUAGACAACAAUGAGAACAAUAUAAAUUCUUGUAUGCAAAAUAUUCCAACCCAUGCAUGCAAAUACGUAAAAAUAUGGUAUGACAUUUACAUAUUUACAAUACUUGAAAAAACAGGAAAUACACGACCUAAUCAAUCGGUAUUGCUAAUAGCUUUUCCGACGGAUGCCGA